AUGGCCAAGUCCAAGAACCACACUAACCACAACCAAAACAAGAAGGCUCACCGUAACGGCAUCAAGAAGCCUCGUCAACACAAGUACCCCUCUCUUAAGGGUGUGGAUGCCAAGUUCCUCCGUAACCAACGUUUCGCCAAGAAGGGUACUCAAAAGGCUCUCCUCGCUGCUUCUCAAAAAUAG